AAACUGCUAUCAACCCAUGAAAAUCUCCAUGAAAGCAACCAGAUCCAGUGUGCUGGUGUUAGUCACGAUGGGCGCAUUGUGGUCACUGGAGCAGAGGAUGGUUUAGUGUGCGUGUGGAGAGUAAGCAAGGAUGGUCCCCGUGGUUCCCGGCGUUUACGAUUAGAGAAAGCCCUAUGUGCCCACACAGCUAAAGUUACAUGUCUACGUGUAAGCCAACCGUACAUGAUGAUUGCAAGCGGGUCAGAUGACUGUACAGUCAUCAUAUGGGAUCUCAGUUCAUUGAGUUUUGUGAGGCAGCUUCCUGACUUCCCAGUUCCCAUUUCAGCAAUCUACAUAAACGACCUUACUGGGGAAAUUGCAACCGCGGCUGGAACUGUCCUUGCGGUUUGGAGCAUCAACGGUGAUUGCCUUGCUGUGGCUAACACCUCACAGUUACCAUCUGAUUCGGUAUUAUCAGUAACAGGCUCAACAUCUUCCGACUGGCUUGAAACAAGCUGGUAUGUAACUGGUCAUCAGAGUGGAGCAGUUAAAGUAUGGCGGAUGAUACAUUGUACUGAUCCGGUGAGUGCCGAGAGCAAAACAAGUAGUAGCAACAGAACAGGAGGUCUGAAUUUGGGUGAUCAAGUGCCAGAGUACAAGUUGAUUCUACACAAGGUGUUGAAAUUCCAUAA